GAGGAAAGAGAAGAUGCGUCGUGGUUUAUUCUGUUUUUCUUUCCUUGUCCUCUUUCUUUGUGGAUUUAAUGCGGUGUCUGGUCAAGAGAACACAAAUGUUCUUCAAAAUAUCUUGUUUGGCCUUUUCAACAAUGGAACCGAUGAAAAUCAGAUUGGAACACUUCUGAAUUUAUUGUCCCUGGGACCUACCGGACAAAAUAAUAAUUCUGGAGUAACUGGGUUAAUUUCAUCACUUACACAACUGACUCGGCUCUUUGGAGGUUUGCCCGAUUUAUCGGCUCUGUUGACUGGAAACAAUAAUGCAUCAGCAUUGGGGAAUGACACAACAAACAGUUUGAACUCGAUUUUGGAAAAUUUGUUAGACCUGCUGCCAGGUAAUGCCGUCGAAUCGCUCCUAACAGACAGAUUUCCGAACUUGUCAAACUUGGACGAUAUCAGUCAAUCUGAAUUACUUGUAUUGGUCACAGGGGUUGUCCUGCAGGCGAGUGGUGUUGGUGAAACCUGUAGAAAUGACGUAGGAACAAUCCUUGCUGGAAUUAUGGAGUCUUCUGAUUGGGCUAUUCGAAUGAUUGAUGCGAUGGGGAAGCCAGAGAGUGGAUUUGCGGAAGGUAAUUUAAAAUGGCUCGGAGACUAUCAGGAAUGUGUUGGCAUCAAAUCAGUCACAGAUGGGAAGGAACUGUUUACCGGCAAAUACUGCAAGAUUGACCUCCCCCUUACCGACAUACUUCCGGCAUCAGCGGAUUUGGGAACACCUAACUUCGAGAUUGGAACGUGCACAGCAAGCUCCUGUUCAGCAAAUGACUUUGUUAACUUCUUCGUUUCAAUACAGCAGAUAUUACUGAAUGGAACAAUUUUGGUUCAGCCGGAAGUGAGCUGUAGAGAAGAUAAACCUCUCACCACCGACCUCGUCAUCUGCAUAUGUUUGUUGGCCAUGCUUGUAGCCGCUAUAAUAAUUGGUACCUUGUAUGACAUCUUUGCCGUCCAAAUGAAAACUAAAGUGGACACAAAAGAAACCGAACAGGCCACCGGUGAUAUAUCUCGUCAAAACAGCAGCAAGAUCUCACUGUAUAAACCAAAGAACACAUUUUAUGGAAUUCCUGACGCAUAUCUAAAUGGCGCGUACAUGUCCCAUGAAGCAGACGACGAACAAGUAGACAAACUCGGGAACGAAACAAAAACUGCUGAUAUAGAAAAUGAAAUUAACCAAGACAAGAGAGAUGUGGCAAUACCGCCAAAAGAAGACAACAAUAUGGAAGGGGAGCAAAAAAGUACUGCUGAAAGUGUUUUAAUGGCGUUUAGUGUCUAUAGCAACGGUGUUAAAAUUCUGAAUACCCAUCAAGCUUCUGGAUCACUCGGAUCAAUAAAUGGCAUCCGCUUCCUGAGUAUGGCCUGGGUUAUUCUCGGUCAUACCUAUUUCUUUUGCCAGGGAUACGAUUCUAACUUUUUCUUUCAUUUCUUCACAAGCCUGGACAAGUGGAGUUUCAUGGCGAUCGCGUAUGCCACUGUUUCUGUGGACUCUUUCUUUGCUAUAAGCGGAAUCCUUGUGGCAUAUUUGACCUUAAAAGAACUGGAGAAAGUCGGCGGUGCAAGAAAAUUGAACUGGUUUAUGUUCUACUUUCAUCGAUUCUGGAGAUUGACACCAUCUUACAUGCUUGUUUUGAUGGUGGGGACUGUUGUUUUACCUUAUGUACUGAAUGGACCAAUGUGGACAAAUGACGAUAUCCCAUUUAUGGGUGAAUGCCGUAAAACCUGGUGGACCAACCUCUUGUACAUUAAUAACUAUGUUAAAACAGAUCAAAUGUGUAUGGCGUGGACAUGGUACCUGGCAAACGAUAUGCAAUUCUACAUCAUCAGUCCGUUAAUACUUCUACCAAUUUUCUAUAACGUUAUUGCUGGUGUUGUUUCAUGUAUGGUGUUUCUAACAGCAACAACAGUAGCUGCAGGCGUGGUGGCAUACAGCCAUAGAUAUCCUGUACAGAGCUAUCUUUUUCAGUACGCCCCACCACCGAACGAUGACGAUUAUGCCGAGAACUUGUACAUUCCGAGCUAUGCUCGAUUCGGACCGUACAUCGUCGGUCUGUUUACCGGAUACAUGCUCCACAGACUUAAGUGUAAAUGUCGGAUCCCAAAGAUUGCUAAUCUAACAUGCUGGUUGCUGGCAUUGGCGCUCUGCUGUGUAUGUGUGUACUCCCCGUACUCCAAGGGAGACUCACACAUCUUCACACCACGAGAAUCCGCCGCCUUCUUUGCUCUGCAUAGAACCGGUUGGGCGGUGGCCGUGUGCUGGAUUGUAUUCGCAUGUUCUACUGGACAUGGAGGUUGGAUAAAUGAAGUGCUGUCAUGGAAAGCGUUUGUCCCACUCGGAAGAUUGACGUACAGCGCCUAUCUCAUCCACCCACUGGUUAUGAUUGUAUUCUAUAUGAGCAGGAAUACACCUACAUACUUCUCUAUCUAUGAAGUGAUUUGUCUUCUUUUGCAGAUAUAUCUGUUUUUGGGACAUUUGUGUUUAUCUUAUGGGAUAGGAUUCGUCGUGUCACUGGUGUUCGAAUCCCCGAUGAUGGGCCUUGAAAAGACCAUUUUCAAACGAGGGCGGAAAUAACUUAUUUACCAUUGCAUUAUAUAUAGACUAUGGAACAGCCCG